AUGUCAUAUGGCAAGCGGAAACAGCCCGGUCAAUGGACUGGCGACAGUGCCGUCGAAAUCGACUGCAGCCGCAGGACAUAUCGGCAAAGAAAAUGGGUGAGAAGUUUUACUGACGACAGCCUAACAGACUGCGAUUUGACUCUUACUAUCGCACUGGCAAAGAAGGAUGGAGAUACACCGACUCCUUUAGCUGAGAAGUUAAGCUCUGGUCAUAGGCUGGAAAUAGAUAGCGACGACAGCUUCGAGACUGCGCAGCUGUAUGCUGUCGACUGGGAUUCGGUCGAGGUGUGUGUGGUGCCUGAAACUGACGACGGUGGUCAUCUUCCCAGUCGAGACGUAUUUACGGUGUCAGGAACAGGAAUUCAAGCCACAUGCUUAUACGAAUCGGCAGAGGAAGAUCAGUUUGUGGGGGGUGAAGGCAUGAGCGAUGUGUCCCACGAUUCGUGUGAUGAGUCAGAGGUAAGGGAUUAUAGGCGCUUGUCGGGCCGGAAAGGUGCUGUUGCACUCAAGUCAAACUUGACUGCCACACACUCUGACACACAAAGAUCAGCAGCAGCGACUGUGGAUGUGAUAUCAACAUUAGAAUCAGGCACAAGUGAGUCCGAGAAGUGGAGUGAUGUUGAGCUCGAAGUGAACACAAUGGUGGGUGGCGAGCUAGUGCGUGAAAGUUUUGACAUGUGCGAUCCCGUAUACAAACCUGCAAUGGCCGAUGCGGGUGGCGAAGUUGAUAUAUCUCAAGAUACUCAUAUCGCUGUCAAAGCAAGUGGUGUCGGUCCCGAAGUUCAUGUGUCGGCAUCGGCAGGUCUGGAGCGCUCGGCUACUAACGACUGCGGCACCUCAAGGGUAGUUACUGUUGAGAGUACCCUGGAAGGUGGCUAUCCGAACAAUACAUUUCAGCGGAAUAGCAGUUAUUCUCUGCCUGCAGCUUCAUCGAUUGGUAACGUUUUGAUGGAGACUGGAUCAGAUGAUAAGCAGAUUGGUUUGGGGGCACACUCAUGCUCAGGCCUUGACCGAAGUGUUGAAGCACCGAGUCAGGGUGAAGACUGGGCGUGUGUGACGUAUUUGGGAGUACCAGACGCCGCAAGUAACGGGCCAAGCACAGAUACACGGGGCGGAGAAAAUAACGAGGCACACUUUGCAAUCCCUGCACCUAUUCGAUCAGUAAACACUGCGUAUCACAGCGUUAGGAAGUUGUCCGACUCAUGGGCUAGUCCAUCUUUUGUAGAUGAAUGGGAAAAUCCACAGCAAGUGCCUACUCAGGGUGUACAGGAAGCGCAGCUCAACUUGAAAUUGGACGAAGAAGUGUCUGAAAAGUACGGCGAUGUGGGUCUGCUUGAUGGCGAGUGUUUGAGUGGGGACUGGAGCGAGGAGGCAUGCGUCGCACCAGAUGAUAUCUGGAACAUGCACCCGGGUUUGCCAUCAACUGUUGCCACGAUUGCUAGUCCGGAUUGGUUAUUACCGACUCACGAGGGCGUUUUGACGAGUCAGGAAUGUGUUACUGCCACAUUUACACAUUGUUUGACUGGUGUAUGGAGUGACGAAGAGGAUGGCGAUCAGAGUACGAAGCUUAGACAUAUACAGAGCCCUUGCCAGUCUAUACACAACGCCUCUAUUACAAAUGUGGUGGUUAAUCUCACGUUCGAUGAGGAGAUUGAUAUCAUGGGGUGUGUGAGUGGGGUGUGGAGUGAUGAAGAGGCUGAUCACUCUGAGGACAUACAGCUACGAGAAGUCUCAGACGUGCUCGCUACAAGUGCACAACAACAACUCUCUACAAUACAGCCACCACCUGCCAUACAAGCUUCUGCAUCUCAGCCACGGCUUACAGCAGCAGUGCAGUAUGAUGAUAAGGCGAUACAUUCAAAGCUUGCCGCGGUGGUACAGAAUCAGACUACAUUAUCACAGCCACCACCUGGAACAUUGCAGACUCGGAUCGCCUCAGAACAAUCGAAAACUGCGGAAGUUAAACCAAAUACUUCAGCACAGGCUGCUGUAGCUCAGCCGAAGCCUGCCAUGACAAGCCAACCACAUACAACGUUGGUACAGCCACAGUCUAGAUCAUUACCACAUCACUCUACAGUGGUACACAACCAACGAUCCAAUAUAAAGGCACGGUCAGCAGUAGUACAAGUAGAACAGCCAGAGUCUGCGAUAGUAAAGUCGCAAAUUGCAUCACAGUCUGCACUAAUUCAGUCACCGCAGACAGUUCGACAGCCAAAUCUUGCAGUAGUACAGUUGCAACAAGCAUCAGAACCUAUGCUUAUUCAGCCUCAGCAGACAGUUUUUCAGCCAAACCUUACCGAGACACAGGCACAACGUGUACAACGGUGUACAGUUAAAAUUAAUGUUGUGCCAAAGCUUGUCGCGGGAGGUGAUAGUGCCACAACGGGCCAUGAUACCCCUCAUCCGCUGUCAAACUACGUUAAGCUGGAGACAAGUGCCUGUGCAAAAUCAGAGUAUAAAGGGUCGGUGUAUGCUGCAGGUACAGAGGAUCUACAGAGUGGAGUGUAUACAGAUGAUGCUUUGAGUGUGAAGAUGCGAGCAUUUUAUAUGAUACAACGAUAUCAACGUGCUCGGGCCGCUCGGAGACGUCGGUUGGCUGUCACGAAUGGAACUGUGAACAAGCACAUAGUCGCUACUGUAGGGACGAAGCAGAGAGGGUCGUAUACAUCGGCUGAGAAUGGUUUAGUUAGAGCUCACUGCGACAUUGGUGUGCCGUCUGAAGCACAGACCACUUCUUUACGACCAACUGUCACACAAACAACUACAAUGGAGGGUCUGGAACAGAAGCCAACGGAUAUAUCAGACUCGACUACUGAUCGGAUUAUGAGUUGUCAGGCAGUGACAGCUUCACAGCGCUUUACCCCCCAAAAGCUGAGCCAGGUACGUUCAGCAUCAGAAGUGUGCACAGCAUCGCAGACGUGUGUACCAUCCAAAGAAGUGGAGCGUAUGGCAAUGGGAGGAGGACUGAUAACAGAGAAUGACCUGGACAGAGAAGUGGACCAAACGGCGGAUUCCAAAACGAUUACCCUGACCGGUAGUGGUAUAGAAGACCAUUGCAAUUCGAUGGGAGAAGAUAUUGGGCAUGUAGCAACGAAUUGGCACAGUAUAGUGGGCGAGGAUGUGACUGUGGGUAGAGACACAACCACAAGUAGCUUGUUGGCAAUUAGGGACAACACUUUGGACGAGGGACGGGCGCGGAAGACUGGAGUGCUAACAGAGAGCGAUGUACACAGACACUGCAUAGCUUUACGGGAGGGGACGGGUGGCCAGGUAGUGAGCAGAGAUCCAGGGAUUAUACCGGUACAUACAGAGUACCCUUUGCCACCAGCGACAGCAAGACCAAUACAAAGGACCGGGGCAAAUAGCAGCAAAUCAGGAGGAUAUGAGAACCGCAAUUCUAUCCACCAACAUGAUGUAAUGAAUCCAUCGUCACUUUUUAGACCAGCUAAGCUUGCGAACGUGAUGGUUGCCAGUGGCGGUAGUUGUCGUGGGAUGCCACAGAACGCAGAGGAGGAUGAAGACACCAUGUCAGUCGAGUCUUUGAGCGACAACCAGGCGAUUGAAGCCGGCAUUCCAGUACUUGCUAUUGGAUGUGCAGAAGCUACUACUGCUCACAAUUCAGUACAAUUGCAUGAGAAUAUACAGUACCCGCUUGCGGAUCUACAAUCCAGAUUAAGGGCGACUGGUAUGGAUUGGAGUUUGUUCGGGACUUAUAGAGACUCAAACGAGCACUAUAUUGGGUCCGUACCUGCGGAUGACGUGUGCGAGGACAGGCCCGUGCUGGCAGAUAUGGGGCUGAGGGUGUGUGACGUGGAGUGUCUAGGCGAGGUGUUCAGUGGUAUGACAUUGGCUGAUGACUCAGCUCUAAAGGGCGUUAGCGGGUUAGGAUAUGAUUCAACUCUGUAUAUAGGUGGGGAUUUAGUGAAGCAUCGGGUCAGCGGGGCGGGUGAUUGUUCCGCGCGAGCCGAGUUUGAACAGAGCAGUAUAGCGCAGUUCGGUGCAAAUGCACCCAUGCUAAAGUCUGGUGUGGGUCGGGGGAACGUUCUGCAGAGAGACCCACUGUCACGUCAUGGUACGCUCAGAGAGCAAAACACAGUAGGGCAGCAGAAAGGUGGUAUAUGGCGAGAACCCAUGGGCACGAGUACAACUCCACGGGGCAGCGAAAGCAGAGUCAGAGGUGUGGGUGUCGACGAUCAAGGUGGAGACGAGUGUGUGGAUGGUGGUAUAUUUAUUAGCCGCCCGCCGAGUGAAGUACAGCGCACUCUCCAAACACAGCAGUAUAUGCGAGCAGCUUAUCGUGACACCAAACCCGAUUCAGAUGCCACGACAGCGGAUUCAAUGCGCAACGAUCGCUCCAUCCCACAUCAACGCAACAUUCAUAGGUGCGCAGGAACGAGUACAAGCACCAUCACAACGUCGCGUGCGGAUAUCUCACAGCUCUAUGAUGCGCGAUGGCCUCUACGCGAUCGUGGGUAUACCAAACAGGAGGGGACAGGGGCACAUAUCGGAGAUUCUAACGCUCCUGAAGUAGAUCAAUUGUGUCGCAAUACCCCGCAGAAAGCAUUGACAACCUGCGAGAGACGUGAUGCGGGGUCUACAAUGCUCGAAGCAGGCGGUGCUAGAGAGAACCCUCAAAGCCCAGGCUAUGCGAACACGACCGUCCUCUCCACUAUAAACACACAUAGGACGAGAGAGGUGGACGAGAGUGUGGCGGGGUCACCAUCGUUACUCAGAGACUACACAGUUGCUUUUAGUAACGCACAGUUAUCUCCAGAGGUACCUGGAGUGCCGAGACAAUCACCGAGCGCUUCAAUUAUGUGUACAUCGUCCAUCGCAGCAUCUCGGAAUAGGUCUAAGCUACAGUAUCCAUGCGGUGUAGAGGCCACGCACCGACUAGAAGUAACUACAUGCAGCGGGCGCACACCAACACGAGACGAACAGCCGCAUGACGACUGUGCUGGCGCACAAGCGAAGUAUGCUACAGAAUUGCCAGUGAGAACUGACACAGAUAUACAAGCACAUCCACAGGCAAAGUACACUGAAGAAUCACUUGCGAGGGAUACUACAGAUUCACAGGCUAAUAGACAGGCGAAGUAUAGCGCAGAAUCACCACAGAUGUUUGAUUCAUGUGCACAAGCAGAUAGACAAGCGGGGCAUUCUUCGGAAAGUGAAUGGGCUUCCUUCGGCGAUGAAAACACACAGCACGAGAUCUUUUCACAGCUGAUUCCGUGCACCUACGAUACGCCACCCACCCCAGUCGUAGUCGAAAAGUCACCGCCAGCAAUGAAUACAGUUGCCGUAACCGAAAGCCCAUAUGCAAGAUAUGAAUAUGAUGCGUCAGUGAAGUGCGGUAGCAUAGGGAUGAGGUCACUCUUCCCCGUGUCAGAAGUAAACUCUCUGGCAGACUGCGAAAAUCCAGCUGUAGCUAUAUUGGCAAAUGAUAUAACUAGCAGCAUAGAUCGCGCGCGAAGGUUCUUGGAUCUUCCCAUAGAAUACAGCGGAGCUAAACCGAGACAUGAGCGUCUACAUGAAGUUAGCCAUCCACAAGAUGCUCCAGCACCCAACAUCAUCGUUCCAAACACGGGGACGGAGUACGAGCCGAAAUUCGCCGAAUUUACAGAAACCCUAUUGACUGAUGAGGACCUGGCAUGCCUCCUCCGGGAGCGCGACAUGCAAAACUGCGAGUUUCAGAGGUCAAUACGCGUGCGCUGUGAAGAGGUGACUGAGUAUACGACUGACAGCGACAGCGGCUAUUCGGUCAAAGUGGCGUGCGCAUCAGAAGAUGACUCUAACAAAGGGGAAUGGACGUCAAUGGAUGUGGUCGAGGUACUGUUUAUCUGCCCAGACAGUGAGCUACACACCAGUGGCACGGGCAUGCACCGAGUGGCUACUAUGUGCCUCAACGGCAGACAAAUCCGGUGGGAUAGGUUUGGAUUGAAGGCACCAGAUGUAUUGUUGACUACACCCUCGCAUCAAAAUAGAGACAAGAAGGGUAGGUAA